UAACUAUAGCUGAGUGUUUGGAGCAAAUAAUUUAAACUGAAAUCUAGAAAUCAUUUAUAAGAGACUAUGUAUGUUUCCAUGGCUUUCGAAUUCUUUCUAGUAUCCGUCAUUCUUGUACUGAAGAUUCGGUUCUUGACCAACUUAUCAAUGCGCUUGAUCAAUUCGGUUGUGGUGUUUGGUUUUUCACCAUGCCUUCUUCCGUUCCUUUCAUAUCAAACAGUUUUACACUUUUUUGUCUAGUUGUUUCAUUAUUUGAAGAAUUGACUAUUGAAUACAAUAACUAAUUAGUUGGCUAGGCUAUUACUUAGCUUUAAUUUGUAUACCUGGCCAUUUUUGCAAGCUGAUCAACAUAUCGAAUUACAUAGUUUCAGUACUCGUUUUCCAGCCAAUACUAAAAUGGCAACCGAGUUUUAAGUUUUUCAUAUGGUUAUAAUCAAUACUAGGUGCUUAAUAAGUUUUCUAGAUAUCUUGUUUAGUGUUAUUGAUGAACUUUUUUGAAUUAGUGUUUUCUUUACUUCUCGAGAGAGCUAAUGUUUUUCUCAAGCUUUGAUGAUUGAGUGAGUAUCCUCUUCCUGAAUAGUGGCACAUUCUUGCCUCCAUACUUGUUCCAUCACUUGCUUCGAUUCAUGAUACAUUCUCCAUCUGCUGUCGUAUCAAAACAUCUUAGUCUUCUUCCAUUUGGUUUCUUUAGUGCUCAAAAGUAAAAGUCUAUUAUCAAAACCUAUCCAAGGUAAACACUGAUGUCGUAGGUAUAUAUCUAACUAAUCAAACUGCGCUAUCAAUCCUAGACAUAAUAGUGUAUUUUGAUCGUUUUCCCAUCCAUGUAAACUUUUCUCCUAAGGUUCUAAUAUCAUGAAAACCAAAAACAGUAAGCAUUCUAUUAGAGAGAGAGAGAGAGAGAGAGAGAGAGAGAGAGAGAGAGAGAGAGAGAGAGAGAGAGAGAGAGAGAGAGAGAGAGAGAGAGAGAGAGAGAGAGAGAGAGAGAGAGAGCACAGAGUGUUUAGCUUAAAAUUUACUCUUUGCUUUUGUUAUUUUCUUUUUGUAUCAUUGAAGUUACCAAUCAUAAUUUGAAACUUGUUUCUAAGAAAACCUGCAUGUUCAAAUUGACUUAAUAGAUGCCACUACUCAUGUCUAUGCUUGCCAACAUGAUUUCCAUAUAUAUAUGUCUGCCAAAAAGUUUUGGCGCCAUUUUCAACUGACAUGUUUAUACAAUACAUAUUAGGUUAUCUAACAACAAUACCUUAACCUUGUCAUUCCAAAAAAACUGCAUAGCCUCUACUACUACCAUAAGCGUACACAACAAAAAAGCAUGGUUAUCCUAAUUCUUUACCUAAGUUAUGUACAUAACUAUCUACAUGUUUAGUUUUUGUGAGAAGCAUGAUAUCAUGAGUAUAGGACUUUCUAAUAUCUUUGAAGUGUGGAGUUGUCAAAGAGUUUCCCAAUCUCUGACAAUUCUAGUGCAAAAGCUUCAUGAUUGUUUUGGUUAUUUGAGGAGAACCACCAAACAUUGACCAUGUUGCUUAUCUCAAUUUUGUUUUUGUGAAGAUGAAGCAUCUUCUUGUGGGUCCUCUGGAUUCUUUAUUUUAACGCCUUGCUCACUAGAUACUAAAUUGGGUACUACAUGAUGAUCUUCCUGAUUUUACUGCACUGGUAUUACCUCUUUUCUGUCCUCUUGAUUUUGAUCUACCGCAUCACGUUUGUUGUUCCAGAUGAUUCACCUCCAUUGUACUGAGGUAUUCUCCUAUGGCAGUAGAUUGUUCUUGAACAAUCAUAUAAGGAUUGGUCGCUAUAUCCAGUAGUUCAUAUUGUCGUUGUUGUAGAUGGGAUGAUUCCUUACACAUCUCGAAUUCAUGCUUCAAGCUUUCAUAGAGGAUACAAUUUUUUUGCAAACCAGUGUAAUGGAAGUCCAACUCCACAUGAUCCUUGUUCUUCAUAUCUCCACAGUUUUGGUAACAGUUAUCACAUCAUCGACAUCAAAUUGGACAUUAAUCCACACUUAUGCUUCUUUAUUUAUGGUCGACACUAUGAUAGAAACUUCCUUGACUUGUCUAGCUUUGAUCCAAUACUCCUAACAAUCCCAUGCCUUUGAUAUAUGUUUGGUAGCUUAUAGAUACAAACCUUAAACAGUAUAUGCUUGAGAUAUGUAGGAUAACCUCUGUCACUCUAUUUAUUAAGGGAGACAAUCCAACCUCUAUAGGUAUAAAGCUGCUUAUCGAAGACCAUAACAAGGUUAUGUUCAGUAGAUAAAAAUUGAUAAGUAUUGUCGUUGUUGACAACAUUCCCAAUGAACUGCCAAAUUUUAGGAGAGCUAUUUUAAUUUCAGCUGGAUCCUGAUGGUCUGGAUUGAGCCCUUUCGCAACCAAGCAUAGUUUAGGUUCCUUUAUGAAUUUUUCUUGGACAUCGUGAUGCACCGACCACUUCGAUCUAUUUGCUUUAAGGCGUAAAUCUUGUAAUGUUUUCCAUAUGACCUUUGUUGGAUCCGCUUGUUGGUAAAGAUUAUAAUUGGGAUUGUGAGACUGAUAGUUGGAUUGCAAGUUGAAAAUUUUGUUUCGAGUCGGUUGGAUUUUGGAUCAAAAGAUUUUUUCCAUGAGAAUUCUAAAAUCAGCUAGCGAAAAAAGACAAAGAAACACAUGAAAACAUAUAUUUACUACGAAAUUUCUAUAUAUUACGAAAACAAUGACACACAAGGAAGAUCCAGCUAAAAUUGUUCUUUUAAAAAAAAGAGUAAUCAAACUAAUUAGUAGCCCUGCAACUUCGGUUUUCCGAAACCGAACCGUCGGUUUACGGUUAAUCGAAAUUUUAAAAACCAUUUCCGAAAGUAACCGAAUUAAAUUUCGGUUCGGUUCGGUUCGGUUUUCGGUUAUUUUCUGUUUUCACCUAAAUUUCCGAAAAUAACCGAUUUUUAUGAUUUUUGGUUAAUUUCGGUAUAGGUUUUUUAAAAAAAUUGGAUUUUUCGGUUAAAUUCGGUUAUUUUCGGUUAUUUUCGGUUUUUCUAAAAAAAAAAAAAAUCAAAAACCGAACCGUACCGAAAACCGAAUUAUUUUUUAAAAUCGUACCGAACCAAACCGAUCUCGAAAACAUAACCGAACCAAAAACCGAAAAUGUCAGUUCGGUUCGGCUGGUUUGGUUCGGGGCAAAGUCGCAAGGCUACUAAUUAGUAUUAAAAAUCCACAUGUGUGUGAUGUAAGAAACAGUUUUACAUUUGUCUUAUUAUCACUAGGUAAACCAGUUUCAUGUUACACAUGACAUCCUGUGUGACAAUUUAUUAUUUUGUAAAUACUAAAUUUUAACUUUGAGAAAUAUUCCUUAGUUGUUGAUGGUUCAAUAGCCAAGCAGCGAUAGCUUAUGAUAUAAAUGAGAUGCAAGAAAAAGAAAGAAGUUGAAUCGCUUUUGCCACGUGAAGACGAAGUAAACGCGCGUCAUUCGCAUAGCUACGUUAAUUUUAAUUUUUACUAUUAACGUAGCUAAUAUUUUUUUUUUGGUAAACAAAGGUAUUAAAUGGGUGGGUGGGGGUUAAUAUUGUCACAUUUACAUCGUUUCAGACGGCUGAAAUUGUCCGUAAGCCUAUCAAGCUCAGCUUCCACCGCCACAGUUCUGAUAAAGCCGGGUAAAAGUGAAAAUGGGGAAAGAAAUGAAAGAAAGGAGCAGUAACACUCUAGCUUCACAGCCAAAACCAGCGAUUAUCUCUCCAAAGCCGGUGGAACAAGCGAGGCUAACCUACCUGGAGAGGAUUGGGUUAGUGUCUGAUCUCAAACACAUCGAUUUGCUGUUCCUGGCCAACCAAGCAUCAGUCGCAUUUUUCGGAGAAGUGGUGGUAGCGCCAGAGGAGUCUUUGACGGGCAGAGUUGAAAAGCAUGCAUGGAAGCAGCGAGAAGCUGAAGAAGCUAAACAUCCUUCUAAUGGUUGUCGAGAGGAAAAACGGUUUGAGAAGAAGUAUGUCCGCCGGAAGAAAAGGGUGAGCAGCAAUGAGCACAUGGAACCUACAUCAACUUCUAAUCUUGUCCAAAAAUCUUCGAGCUUAAUUACUAUGGAUGAUGAUGCACAGAGGGAACAAGGGCUAUAUAACAAUGGUGAAACUCAUUCAAAAUCUGAGCAAGCAGAAGCAGCAGAUGGACAAGGCCAUUGCAGUGGAAUAAUAAAAAACAAGUUCAAGGGAGAUGAUGAUCAAGAAGAAGAAAACACCAUCUCUGAAGCUGGUUUGAACCAAGCCGUAUUGGAAUCUGAUAUUCUUGGUGAAGAGAUGAUUGCUUCCGAGUCUGAAGAAUUUCUUCCUCUUCUCAAAGAGGCUGAAACAGAGGAGGAGUGUGUUGUUUCUAAUGCAUCUAGGUGCAACCAGUGGUGGAAUUUCAAAACUCGACCUCGUACGUCCAGAGGGAUAAGAAGACAUGUUCAAUGGAGCAACAAAAGGAAGAGAAACUGCAUGUCGUUUGAAGAAACACAGCGCAACCGCAAGAUCCUUAUCCUCGCUGUUGAAGCAAUUACACAUCAAUUGGAUCUCUUAGACGUUGGCAUGGAGGAGAAGAGCUCCUACAAGUAGUCCUCUUCUUUCAUAUUUUGUCAACUAGUCCUUUUUUUUUUUGAACACCGUCAACUAGUCUACAGACUAUAUACUAGUUAAGAAUGAAAUAAAAGACGAAUCGUUACUAUAAAUAUAAUCAUUUUGAUGUUAAUAAAAUCCACUAGUAAUCUAAUAUUUUCGAUGUAUAGUACAUCUUUUAUCUCCUAUAUAUAUUAUUUGAGAAGCA